AUGAUCGUUUGGUUACUCAGAUCCACCUAUAUUGUUGGAUUAAUUUCCUUAAUGGUGGCUAAAUUUUUACUACCUGAUUUUUUGCAAUAUGGCAAGACUUUAAAGCAGACCAAAGUUCCUAAGGGUAUAAACCGUUGGAUUCACUAUACAGUACCCAAAUACUACUUUUAUCACUUUUAUGUGAUUUCAAGUUGCCUUUCAGCAUUAACUUUGUGUGCAUAUCCACAAUACGUGGUCGUCUGGUUGCUUCUAUGCCAUUCCUUAAGAAGACUCUACGAAACUCUAUUCGUAUCAGUACAUAAUGAACGCUCAAGAAUGAAUUGGUCUCAUUAUGUAGUAGGGUUGUGGUUCUAUACUACAUUACACAUUAUCCUCAACGUCGAGUUGUACAGAGGUAACAUUGAGGUUCGCUUUCCAACAAUGGCUCUAAUGAUAUUUUGCAUCGCUGGUUGGGAUCAACAUGAAAACCACAAAGUACUAGCAAGAUUAAUCAAAUAUUCUCUACCUCAGGAAAGAUGCUUCCGUUGGGUAUGCUGUCCGCAUUACACUGAUGAGAUUUUAAUCUACACAAGCCUUUUAGCGGCAAGUAAAGAGUUCAUGUGGCCACUGAUUUGGGUAGUGGCCAGUCUCAGUCUAUCAGCUGCUGAAUGUCAAAACUACUACGGAAGGAAUUUUGGACCUCGUGUACCCAAAUGGGCACUAUUACCUUAUGUUCUUUAA